AGCUAUUUUACUUAUACCUGUGGUUCAAUCGUUUUUUUAAUUUAAUUAAAAAAACAUGAAAAUAAAGCCUCCCUAAAGAUAAAACCGUAUUUAAUCGGAUCGCUUCAAGUAGAAAUAAGUGAAAUGGUAUAAAUAAUUUUGAAUUUUUCUGUGAAUAUUACACAAAAUUUCACAAGAUGGCUAAGGAAAUGAUGAUAGUUUUUGUCUAUGACACACAAUGCUGCACUUCAGAAGAAGACGACCCAAUCAAUGCUGUCCUAUAUUUCCACCCAGGGUGGGUGUCAGACACCCAACGGCAUGCACUAGCCGGACAGGUUGUUGGUACAGCACACUGUGUCAAGUCCUUGUUCUCCCAACCGGUAGCGAUCACACUGCAAAGCGGCAAAUUCAUCAUCAAAGAAUAUGGAAGAUAUAUAUUGGCCAUCGGCAGCGACCGUAACAUCCCAGAUUGGGUGCUAAAGAACCGGGCCAAGCUGCUCACCUCCAUGAUCAGGGUGUACCACGGCGACUUGCAGACCUUGGCUGCUCAGAUGGAAGACCAGCGUCGCCUAGCUGAGAAGCUGUAUCAGAUUUUCGAAACAUACCUCCCGGUGUUGCAGUAUGGGUGCCACAUAUUCCAAAGAGUGCCAAUGCUGAGUCUUCCCAAGAGCGCCACAUCUAUUUACAUGGAGUCUAUGCAAAUAUUGGAACACUGCCGUAAGAGUAAGGGCGUACUUGGCGGCGUCGUAUUGUAUAAUAACAAAAUAAUCUCAACACAGUUGCCACCCAGUUUGACGUCGUAUCUCACAGUAGUAGAUCCGUAUAGAAUAAAAUCACCGGCUGAAACUCUCCAAACUGAGACGCCUCUACCGUUGGGCGCGCAGCUGUUAGUGGUUUACGUGGGAAAGAAAACGUACGACAAUUUAAAGAAACAAAUGGAGAAAUUACAGGAGUUCCAUCAGAGUGGUGAGGAAAUGAUUGCCAGGUUUAAAAAGAACCAAGAAUUAGAAAGAGAAAAAAUGCGCGAAUUCCCACAGACGGGUAUGAAAAGAGAUAAAUCCCUACUCUUUACUGCGGUACCAGAGGAAGACCACACCAUGAUAUCACCACCAAACAGAGAAGAGAACAAAGACGCGGAACGGAAGCCGAGCAUGCCAGAAGUCGUGCCAUUCACCAACAAACCGCGGCCCAGACCGACAAAACUAUCACUGAGCUUCAAAAACCAGAAAUCUCUAGAUGAAGAAGUCAAAGAGAAUGAAAAAGUCUUCACUGGACAAACGAGCGUCUGCUCAACACCUAUGGUGGAAUACAAACGGUUACACGGCAAUAUAUUGUCCAUCUGCCAAAAUCCAGAAGGUCAGCAACAGCCAGAAAACGAGCCAGAAGAUCUAAAGAACAUAGAAACAUGUGCCAAACUUAACAUAGAGAAUGAAAAGCGGGACAAUAAAAUUGUUCUGGACAUGAACUGCAUCGCAGACCAUUACGUCAACAAACCGGAGUCGAUGCGUAAAUUGGCCAGUGUCACUGACAUACAGGACACAUAUAAGAAAUCCUCUGAUAGGGCGACAUCGAAAUUCAAAUUAAAACACGCGAAAGUGCCCAUGUACGAUGACAUGUCGCCCUCGCCAGAUGACAGUCUUCAAAAAUCAUUUAGUUCAAUGACUAUAAACGAUCCCCUGUUUCCAGUAUUCAGAAACGAUGGCAUAGCCAUAUCCGAGUCGCUUUUCAACCAGUAUUUAGAACAGUACUAUUCUAGAAUAAAAGAAGAGUCAAAAGCGGACAAUAUGUUCACUUUUCACAUGAAGUUAUGUGAGAAAGAAAAAUUCGAAGACUUUGAUUCUGAAAUGACGAAGUCUCCACAACGGACACCAAAGAAAACACCCAAAGAUUCGAAUAAAACAUUAUCGACCGAUCAGUCCAGACGAAAGUCCUUGUCGUUGCCUCUAAAAUCGUUAUCAGAGAGUUCGGAUUCGCAAAUCGGUUCGGACUCUGAAGCGACAGGUUUUAAGAAGAAAUUGACUGGAGUCCAGCUGACGCCUUUGAUGGAAAAGCUGAGUCAUUUAGCGUUUUCGGACAAAUCAAGUGGGUACAGUAGUAGAGUUAUGACGCCUUUAGAACUCAGGGAAUUUCCUACGCCUGCUACUGAGAGACAAAUUACAUUUUCUGACAGGCCGAAAACACAAUGCCGCGAGUCGGACAGCGACUCGGACAGCUCGUCGUCGAGCUCGGCGGCGUGGCCGGCGGCGCGGCCGGCGGCGGGCGGCGAGCGCGCGGUGCGGUGUGCGCUGUUCGUGAGCGGGCUGCACAACAUGGCGCUGCUGGCGCUGCUCGACGCGUCCGCCGGACACUCGCCGGACACCAUCAACGCGCUGUGGGAGACGUCGUUGAACGCACUGGGUCCGAUCGAGCAGAAGUGCAUGGAGGCGGUGGGCGCGGGCGGCGAGGGCGGCGAGGCGGCCGACUACAGCUACCUCACGCUCGACCCCGACUGGGGCACCGUCCGCAAGGGCGGACCCUGGCCCGCGCUCGACAUCGCCACCAUGGGCCUCAUACACCACCACUUCGGGGAGGAUCCCGAGCUCUCCGAGCUUAUAUUAAGGAGCCCGGAGAGCGUGGUGGUGGGCGCGGCGGCGGGCGGCGCGCAGGCGUACUACGCGGAGGCGGGGCGGCGCGGCGCGGGCCCGCCGCCGCCCGCCGACGUGCUCGGCGCCGCGCCGCUGCGCGCGCGCCGCCGCCUCGCGCGCGACCACUGCACGCUGCUGCUCUGAGCGGCCCCUCCACUGCCGAUACUGCGCACACCACCUCACACCACCUCACACCACCUCACACCACCCGCGACCAGCGUGUGCGUCUCGCUUGCUCCAUACAAACAACGCAAAUGGCUCACGAUGAUCACGAUCUCUCAUUAAAAUUGC